AUGGACAGCAAGAAUCCGUCCCACCUCAACACCAGUACAUCGCAGCGUCGCCGUCUUGUCAAAAAGUCGUCCCAUCAUUACUCGCGCUCCUCCUCCGGCCUAGAUAGCGCCCACGACGCACACUCUAUCCACAGCAAACGCAGCUCUACGAAUAGUCUUCGUCGCACGCCCAGCGCGCCCCCGCCCGUGCGACCAAGCAACACCAUCACAGGCGCCUUUGCUACCUCGACCUCGACCUCGCUCCGCCAUCCUACACCGGCCCAGUCGUCGAAUGCGUCGCCGCUGCAGCAGCAGGGUCACUUUGCCGCCGCCAUCGGCCCUUCGUCGUCGCCUUAUUCCGCACGCCUUCCCUACCGCAACAGCCCGUCCUUGCAACCUGAACCGCACUUUCGCCAGCCUGCACCAGCGUCCACGCCCACGCCCGCAAACCCCGUCGCAGACGAUCUAAUCGGCGCACCCUUUGACGGCGCUGCCAUCCUCAGCAGCAUCGACUCGACCUCGUACAGUCCCGAGCCAAGUCUCACCCCGUCGCCUGCUAGCUCGACUCCCGGUACCACCAACACCACUGUCGCUGCCGCAGCCAUUGCUACUCCACGCACAUCCAUCCCCGCCCAUCCGCAAAAGUCGUCGUCUACAACCACCGUCGUUGCUCGAGCAGCUGCGCCAAUUAUCCGCGCCGUCAGCACCAAGAAGCCUAAGCCCGCUCUCCGCUCUUCGAAAAGCGUCACGAAUAUGGACUCAAGUACGACCCUCGUCGACAAGUCGGGCACCCCCCGAACCGAGGCGCAGGCCGCCGCCACCCCCAACAGGUAUUCAGAUGAAUCCGGCGGCGUCCCUUCCAAACCACCCAACGUCCGCAAAAAGUCGGGCUUCUCUGGUUUUGUCAACAGCUUAGUCGGAUCUCAAAAGAAACCCAUGAUCUCAGCACCAGAAAAUCCCAUUCACGUUACCCAUGUUGGCUACGACAGCUCUACUGGCCAGUUCACGGGUCUGCCCAAAGAAUGGCAACGAUUAAUCAACGAAAGUGGUAUUCCCGAAAAAGAGCGCCGCGAGAACCCCCAGACCAUGGUCGACAUUCUGCAGUUCUACAAAGAAACCACCGAGAAGGCCCCCGAGGAUCAGGUGCUUGAAAAGUUCGGCUAUGCUGCCGCCGACCGAUCACAAUAUGCCAGUCCUAAUCCUUCGAAUCCCGCUUCGCCAACCAUGUAUCCUACCAGUUAUAUAGGAAGCUUCGAAAACCCACGAGCGCCACCCCCAGUACCACCAACGAAGGGCCUCGGCCUGCCAGCAUCAAAAGACAUGGUGCCCAGCCGACCUGCCCCCCGUCCUCCUGUCAGCAUGGGUAACCGUGCCGGCCCUUCAAAUGCCUAUAGCACACCAAAAGACUCUGGUAUUGGAAUCAUGAAUAAUGAAGCAGACAACGGGCCGAUGCUUCCUGAGGAGCACAGAUCUCGCUCAAAUUCCAGGGUCACUGGUACUUCGCCUUUCUCGCCUCAACACACCGGCUCGCCGAUUUCUGUGCAGCAACCCACCCUUCUCCAGCAACAGCAGAUGAUUCAGCAGCAGCACGAACAAGCCAUGGCCCAGGCCCAAGGAGCCAUGGCUGGCCAGGUCGGACGAGCUCCUAGCAAGAGGCUACCUACCCAGACACCUUCGCCCAUUGUUGCCGGGUACGUACCGAGAGAGGCCAAUGGAGCUCGCCACCAACCUGGCAUGACUCCAAACCCCCAGGCACGACCCCGGCACCGCUCCAGACAGAGCAACGGCAUCGACAUCGUCGCGGCUCUCAGGCGCAUAUGUAGCGAUGGAGAUCCCCGCGAGAUAUUCAGAGGCCUGACUAAGAUUGGCCAAGGUGCAUCUGGCGGUGUCUUCACGGGCUACGAGCGGCACACCAAUCGAUUGGUUGCCAUUAAGCAAAUGAACCUCGAACAACAACCCAAGAAGGAUCUCAUCAUCAACGAAAUCAUUGUUAUGAAGGAGAGCUCGCACCCUAAUAUUGUCAAUUAUAUCGACAGUUUUCUUACCGGCGGUGAGCUCUGGGUGAUAAUGGAAUUCAUGGAAGGUGGAAGUUUAACGGAUGUUGUGACCUUCAACAUUAUGACUGAGGGGCAAAUUGCUUCCGUAUGUCGCGAAACGCUUAAGGGCCUGCAACAUUUGCACUCCAAGGGAGUCAUUCACCGCGAUAUCAAGUCGGACAACAUCUUACUUUCCAGUGAGGGUAGCAUCAAGCUGACUGAUUUCGGAUUUUGUGCUACCAUCAACGAAGCGCAAAACAAGCGCACCACCAUGGUUGGAACUCCAUACUGGAUGGCACCCGAAGUUGUCACUCGCAAAGAGUACGGCCGUAAGGUUGAUAUUUGGUCACUUGGCAUCAUGGCCAUUGAGAUGAUUGAGGGCGAGCCGCCAUACCUUACCGAGUCACCUCUUCGUGCGUUGUGGCUCAUUGCAACGAACGGCACUCCGCAAAUCAAGAAUGAGAGUGAACUGUCGGAUGUCUUCAGAGAUUUCCUAUACUUCGCCCUCAAGGUCGACCCCGAGAAGCGAGCUAGCGCUCACGAUUUACUAAGAAUCUUGGACAACUAUCGCCUCUGGUUCGGUCUGCGCGAGAACAGCGAGCCCAAGAAAGGGCCCGAAAGGUCUAAAAUGAGCCUGAUGUCUUGGAUAAGUUAA